AUGGAGCGCGACGGCGACCAGGCAGGGCACGGGCCCCGGCACGGGCCAGGGGGAAACGGACGCGAGCCCGAGUCUCCAGCCGCGGCUUCGCUGCUGGUGCCCAUGGACCUAGGGGAGGAGCCGCUGGAGAAGGCGGAGCGCGCCCGCACCGCCAAAGACCCCAACACCUACAAAGUGCUGUCGCUGGUUUUGUCAGUAUGCGUGCUAACAACUAUUCUUGGUUGUAUAUUUGGGUUGAAACCAAGCUGCUCCAAAGAAGUAAAAAGUUGCAAAGGCCGCUGCUUUGAAAGGACAUUCAGCAACUGUCGCUGUGAUGCUGCCUGUGUCAGCCUUGGGAACUGCUGUCUGGAUUUCCAGGAGACCUGUGUGGAACCAACACAUAUAUGGACUUGCAACAAAUUCAGGUGUGGUGAGAAGAGGCUGUCCAGAUUCGUGUGCUCCUGUGCAGAUGACUGCAAACUCCACAAUGACUGCUGCAUCAACUAUAGCUCGGUGUGCCAAGAAAAGAAGAGUUGGGUAGAAGAAGUGUGUGAAAGCAUCGACACACCACAGUGUCCAGCAGAAUUUGAAUCACCCCCUACACUCUUGUUUUCUUUGGAUGGAUUCAGAGCUGAAUAUUUGCGCACCUGGGGUGGACUUCUUCCUGUCAUUAGCAAGCUGAAAAACUGUGGAACGUACACUAAAAACAUGAGGCCGAUGUACCCUACCAAGACGUUUCCCAAUCAUUACAGCCUCGUCACAGGACUUUAUCCAGAAUCCCAUGGCAUAAUUGACAACAAGAUGUAUGAUCCUCAGAUGAAUGCUUCUUUCUCACUUAAAAGUAAAGAGAAAUUCAACCCUUUGUGGUACAAAGGGCAGCCGAUUUGGGUGACUGCUAAUCGUCAGAAGCUCAAGUCCGGCACAUACUUUUGGCCUGGAUCAGAUGUAGAAAUUGAUGGGAUUCUACCAGAUAUCUACAAAGUGUAUAAUGGGUCAGUACCAUUUGAAGAAAGGAUUUUAUCUGUUCUUGAGUGGCUACAGCUUCCUAGAUAUGAAAGACCACACUUUUACACUCUGUAUUUAGAAGAACCAGAUUCUUCAGGGCAUUCACACGGACCAGUCAGCAGUGAGGUCAUCAGGGCCUUGCAGAAGGUUGACCGCAUGGUUGGCAUGCUGAUGGAUGGCCUGAAGGACCUGGGCUUGGAUAAAUGCCUGAACCUCAUCCUUGUUUCAGAUCAUGGCAUGGAACAAGGCAGUUGUAAGAAGUAUGUGUACCUGAAUAAGUAUUUGGGGGAUGUGAACAAUAUUAAAGUUGUAUAUGGACCUGCUGCUCGAUUGAGACCCACUGAUGUUCCGGAGAUGUACUAUUCAUUUAACUAUGAAAGCCUUGCAAAAAAUCUUUCUUGCCGAGAACCAAACCAACAUUUCCGGCCUUACCUGAAACAAUUCUUACCCAAGCGGUUACACUUCGCUAAAAGUGACAGGAUCGAGCCGCUGACCUUCUAUCUGGACCCUCAGUGGCAACUUGCAUUAAAUCCAUCAGAAAGGAAAUAUUGUGGAAGUGGAUUUCAUGGCUCUGAUAACCUGUUUUCAAACAUGCAAGCUCUCUUUAUUGGCUAUGGACCUGCCUUCAAGCAUGGUGCUGAAGUUGACUCUUUUGAGAAUAUUGAAGUCUAUAACUUAAUGUGUGAUUUAUUGGGUUUGGUCCCAGCUCCGAAUAAUGGAAGUCAUGGCAGUCUCAACCACCUUCUAAAGAAACCCAUUUAUACCCCAAGUCAUCCCAACGAAGAGAGCUUCCUGUCCCAGUGUCCAAUCAAAUCAGUAUCCAAUGACCUUGGCUGCACAUGUGACCCCUGGAUUGUGCCAAUCACGGACUUUCAGAAACAGUUUAAUCUGACCACGGAAGAUGAGGAUAUUUACUCUAUAACUGUACCCUAUGGAAGGCCCCGGAUUCUGCUGAAGCAGCACCGCAUCUGUCUGCUCCAUCAGCAACAGUUUUUGACUGGACACAGCCUGGACCUCCUCAUGCCCCUCUGGACGUCUUACACCUUCCUCAGAAAUGACCAAUUCUCCACAGAUGACUUUUCCAACUGUUUGCAUCAGGACCUUCGGAUUCCCUUUAGUCCGGUGCAUAAAUGUUCCUAUUAUAAAAGCAAUUCUAAGCUAAGUUAUGGGUUCCUCAUGCCACCAAGACUAAAUAGAGCUUCAAAUAAAAUCAACUCUGAAGCACUCCUUACUUCCAAUAUAGUGCCAAUGUAUCAGAGCUUUCAAGUCAUAUGGCACUACCUUCAUGACACCCUACUGCAAAGGUAUGCCCAAGAAAGGAAUGGCAUCAAUGUUGUCAGCGGUCCUGCGUUUGACUUUGAUUAUGACGGACGUUAUGAUUCCUUAGAGAUCCUGAAGCAAAACAUCAGAGUCAUCCGGAGUCAAGAAAUUCUGAUUCCAACUCACUUCUUCCUUGUGCUCACCAGCUGCAAGCAGCUAUCUGAGACUCCUUUAGAGUGCACAGCGUUAGAGUCCUCAGCCUUCAUCCUGCCUCAUAGGCCUGAUAACAUCGAGAGCUGUAUGCAUGGGAAGAGGGACUCUUCAUGGGUUGAGGAAUUGCUGGCCUUGCACAGAGCUCGGGUCACAGAUGUCGAACUUAUCACUGGCCUCAGCUUCUACCAGGACCGACAAGAGUCAGUUUCAGAACUGCUGAGGUUGAAAACACAUUUGCCAAUCUUCAUCCAAGAAGACUGAUUGUUUUUUUAUUAAAAAAAAUACACUAUGGAUCUUUUGGAAAGAGUCUUAUAUUUUAUACAGUCCUCUACACUUUUGCAUUGUUUGGAAACUGUCAAGUGGAGUUACAACUGGGAAUCCUGUGUGGUGCCGAUGUCCCUGGGCUAUGUGACAAGUCAGCACAUCUGCAGAGUGUUCCUGUCCUGUGCCGUGCAGAUUUCCUAUCUAAGAAUUAGUUGUGUUAUAAGGUACUGGGAGUAAGGACACUUCACCUCAAACCCGUAAGUGCUCUUGGGUCUCUCUUAAGGGACACGGGACAGUGAACAUGGUCUAGGGACCUGAUGUUGGAAUUGUAUUGUUAAUAAAACUAAGUAAAGGACUGGGGUAGCUCAUGUCCUACUAAAAAGAUGACUCUGGAUUAAUUUUUACUUGGAGUUUCAGGUUUAAUUAAAUGAGGUCCCAUUUCUAUUGUUUUUGUCUCCUCCUCCAAUAACCAAAUCAUUAGUCUUGUGCUUUUAAAACAAAUUUUAAUUGGAUCUUUUCAAGUUUAGUGGCUUUCAAAAACUGGACUUUGAUGGGAAAUUUGUGAAUUGAGUAUAUCUAGCUUUUAUAAAAGUCACUCUACGUCUGUACACACACAUGUGCACACACGCUUGCACACACACGUAACACACACAUGCGUAACACACUCUUGCACAUGCACACACAUAUGCACAUGCACAUCCAAGUCCUCUUCACUAGAAAUAAAUGAAGACUGAGAAGCCCUGAGCAUGGUUCUGUCAGGCCAUUAAAAUUGUUUCCGUGAAACCCCAGAGCACUCAUUGGCACUUGCAAAGUGACAUUUUUUCAUCCAGAGGAAUGUUUCCUCUGCACAAGAGACCCGACAGUGGGAGAAGGGCUUUGCCUGGCUUAGCUCUUCAAUUUGAAGCUGUGUAGAUCUGAAGAGGAUGCAUUACCCAUCACUUAACACCUUCACUGUGCACACGACAAAUGACACGAUGAUAUAAUUUCCCCUCUGCAUUGAUCCAACCUGUGACCCUCCAGAGGCUGUAUUAAAGUUUAGGUUUCCUGGGUCCACUUUAAUAUAAUAUUAGUCUACCAAAGAUUUUCAUAUGUCCUUCCCAGGAUAAUCAUUCCUUUUGUCAUCUGUAAAGAUGUUUAGAUUAAAAAAAGUGCAGCUGACAUUGAUGUAAUAACUUAGAAGGUGUUUUGUUUUACCCAUAGACUCUGGCAUGCACAUCUUUCAGUCUGUUCUUCCCAUGUUUGGUACUUCCUGCCAGUUUGUCCAGGGCUUUGUUUAGUUUUAUGUUACCUUUUAUCUCAUCCAUUCUGUUCUUGUUCCCAGUGGAUUUGUACAUAAGCUAUUGUUUUAUUUGUAAAAUGUUAUUUGUGUUUUGUUCUUUAUGUCUUCUGUUUGCUGAGAAUUUUAUCGCUUCCAUUGAGUAUCAGCGUCUUCAUUUGUUUCUUGUGUAUCUGUGGUUGACGGAGCAUUGUUAUGAUGCUAUUGUACAGUCCUUGUUGGUACAGCCACAUUUCCAGUGUCCAUUGUUUCUAUACAGAGUUGGUUUUUCUUGUUCUCAACGUAUUUUUCUGCUUCUGAUGAUUGUUUUAAAUUAACACCUGGAUAUUUUAGGCA